AGCGGGUCCCAGCGUCGGCGAGCUGAUCGUCAAAGCUGUUUCCGCUUCAAGGAGAGGAGCGGCGUGUCCCUGGCCGCCCUGAAGAAAGCUCUGUCUGCAGGUGGAUACGACGUGGAGAAGAACAACUCCCGCGUCAAACUCGCCGUCAAAAGCCUGGUGACCAAGGACACCCUGGUGCAGACCAAGGGCACCGGCGCCUCAGGCUCUUUCAAGCUCAACAAGAAGCAGACCGAGGAGAAGAAACCCGCGGCCAAAAAAGCCGCCGCUCCUAAAGUGAAAAAGGCCGCAAAGAAACCCGCCGCUGCAAAGAAGCCCAAGAAGGUAACAGCCAAGAAGCCCGCCGCUAAGAAGUCCCCCAAGAAGGCCAAGAAACCCGCUGAUGCCGCUAAGAAAGCCACCAAGAGUACUGGCGGUGUGAAGAGACCUCACCGUUACAGGCCAGGUACCGUGGCUCUGCGUGAAAUCCGCCGUUAUCAGAAGUCCACUGAGCUGCUCAUCCGCAAGCUGCCCUUCCAGCGCCUGGUUAGAGAGAUCGCUCAGGACUUUAAGACCGAUCUGCGCUUCCAGAGUUCUGCCGUCAUGGCUCUGCAGGAGGCCAGUGAGGCUUACCUGGUCGGCCUGUUCGAGGACACCAACCUGUGCGCCAUCCAUGCCAAGAGGGUGACCAUCAUGCCUAAGGACAUCCAGCUGGCCCGCCGUAUUCGCGGAGAGCGUGCUUAA